AUGAAAAGUCAGGAGUACGGGCCAAUCUUAGGAAGAAAAAAUCAUAUGACUAUAAAGGACGAUGAAGAGGUCGAGCACUUCCGCACUGUUGUUUGUGAGCAGCUACGUGGUGAACUUAUGAAGGGAGAAAGAAAUCGACAAGAAAUUCUUAAGGAGCUGCAGGAGUACGCAUCACUUCUGGUCGUCGUACAAAAUAUGCAGAGGAACAAAGACGAUAAAAUUAGUAUUCGUACAUCGCUAGGACAUCAACUAUUUGUGAACGCAGAGGUUGACAAACGGGACACUGUUAUUGUGAAACUGGCCGCUGACCUAUUCGCAGAGCUCAAAUUAAACCGAGCCGAAAUAUUCAUUACACAGAAACUAGAGCACAGCACUCUCACGAGACUAAUGGUCGCAACUAACCACGUCAAGGAAUCUGCGGUUCGAUCUCUGAUUACCAUAGGAAGUCGUGGCAAAAAGAAGCCGACUUCAGUAGAUGCUAACGCUUUGCGCCUGCUAACAGCCCUAGCGAAUAUCCUUGCAUCGGAAACUUUGCUACGAGCCGCUCAGAGCGCUCGACGCGAUGGACGAAGCACAGUUGUAGCUGCGGAUUUCUUACGUGUUUUCCCUAGUAUUUUACUGGAUCUCUCCGUCUAA